GCACUAUUGCGUUACAGAGGACUAAUCUGUACGUUCUGUGUACGUUGGAUGUUUCUAACUUGCGUAGACGGUUUGAUAAAGAUGGUAGCAGAAUGUUAUUAAUGUUGAACUUUUGUUGCACACAUAUCCAAAUUGUGCCGCGUACCAUUUUUAAAAAUUCCUAGCAAUGUCGGUGUGAUCGAGGCGUAACCAUUGUAACGAGACAAAUUUAUUGUUUUCAAUCAUCCACCUUUUAGGUCAGAGAGUUGAGGGUGCGGUGUGCCUGGUUACCAGCUAACAUGGCUACCUAGAGCAGCGAGGCGGUUUUUUCUUCUCUCUAUACAACCUUUCAAUCUUGGGGGAGCUAUCUCGAUCAGCCAACUAGCAAUCUUUUCACAACACGGCUGUUCCAUGAAAUUAUCGCAAUGUUUUAUUUAAAUAUAGGACUAGUAUGGAUAAUCUACUUCUGUGCAGUGAACACUUUGAAGAAUGGAUAAUUACAAGAUAAUCAACAAAAUUGGAGAAGGGACAUUUUCAGAAGUGGUGAAGGCUCAAAGCCUGAAAGAUGGGAAAUAUUAUGCGUGUAAAACGAUGAAGCAGUCACUCAGCAGCCUGGAACAGGCCAACAACCUGCGAGAAGUCCAGGCCAUGAAAAGACUAAACCCUCACCCAAACAUCAUUCAGCUGCAUGAAUUGAUAUUUGACAAAGAGUCAGGGACUCUGUCCUUGAUAUGUGAGCUGAUGGAGAUGAACAUCUAUGAGUUCAUACGAGGGAGGCAGCAACCUUUGCCAGAAAGUAAAAUCAGACAUUACAUGUACCAACUUUGCAAGUCACUCGAUCAUAUGCAUAGCAACGGGAUCUUUCACCGGGACGUUAAACCAGAGAACAUUCUAAUCAAACAUGACGUGCUCAAACUUGGAGACUUUGGCUCGUGCAGGAGUUUGCACUCCAAACCUCCCCACACAGAGUACAUCUCCACCCGCUGGUACAGAGCCCCAGAGUGCCUCCUCACAGACGGCUAUUACACACACAAGAUGGACAUGUGGAGUGUAGGAUGUGUUUUCUACGAGAUCAUCAGUCUCAGCCCUCUGUUUCCGGGAAGCAAUGAGUUGGAUCAGGUGACCAAGAUCCAUGAUGUUUUGGGUACACCUGACAACAGUCUCCUUCAAAAAUUCCCUCAGUCUAGGGCGAUGCGUUUUGACUUCCCUCUGCGGAAAGGCAGUGGAAUAUCUCAGCUCAUCCCAAACUGUUCGGCACCCAGUCUGUCGUUGCUCUACCAGAUGCUGACCUACGACCCAGAGGAGCGCAUUGGCGCAAGAGCGGCACUACAGCACAUCUUUUUUAGAGAGCUACGGCUGGCGGAGAGGAGAGCUGAUAGUUUGCGCAGGGCCAUUGUGACUGUAGAGGGAGGAGAGAGCAGUGGGACCCCCAACUCUGUGGAUCACCUGCGGCGCAUGGCCAGACAGGGCAGGAGGCAGCACAACAUAAAGCACGUUGCCGAGCCUCUGAUCAGACGCAACGCCCCACAUGUGGAAUUACCAAAGCUCAAUGUGGUAGUGCCUGCACCCCAGAUUACCUACCCUGUUAGCACAGUGCCAGUUCUCACCAUCACUCACCGUGGGUCCCUCCCAGCCAUCACAUCAAAAAAGUGCCACUCCCGGUUGGCUAAGCCAAGGGAUGAAUCCCACUGCUCUGCUUUCAAGACCUACUACAUGCCUCCUCUGGAUAGGAAACCUGGUGGCUACUGAGAGCCCCAAUUCUUAAGAACUGUUGCUGUUCAACAGACCUGUUGUACCUGCUGUACAUACUCUGAUCUGAUUCUUUUGAUUUGGUUAGACAUUGUUGAACAAAGCUACUUAGCUACUUCAAAGCCGGCUGCUUUCUUGUGAGCAAUGCUAACAUGGUGUUGGACAAAGGAAUGUCCCAUAGCAAUAAUUACCAGGGUUAAUUUGUAUAAGUCAUCAUUCUGGCAGAUGAAAUACAACAUGAUCCACAAAGUAUAUUUGACUCUGUCAUCAGUGUUAGGCAAAUGAGAAGAUGCCUAUUGACCGUUAAUAACCUAACCAUUUCCUAACUAGUUGUGUCAUGUUCUUAACGGUUGUUGAUAAAUUUGCUCAAAAGUGAGCAAAUGACUACUCACAUGCAAAGCAGAACUUCAAGGACGAGCUCUGAUAUACUGAAUGUACAAAACAUUAGGAACACCUGCUCUUUCCAUGACAGACUGACAAUGUGAAUCCAGGUGAAAGCUAAGAUCCCUUAUUGAUGUCACUUGUUAAAUCCACUUCAAUCAGUGUAGAUGAAGGGGAGGAGACAUGUUAAAGAAGGAUUUUUAAGCCUUGAGACAUGGAUUGUGUAUGUGCCAUUCAGUGGGUGAAGGGGCAAAACAAAAUAUUUAAGUGUCUUUGAACAGGGUAUGGUAGUAGGUGCCAGGCGCACCAGUUUGAUUGUGUCAGGAACUGCAACAAUGCUCGGUUUUUCCACGCUCAACAGUUUCCCGUGUGUAUCAAGAAUGGUCCACCACCCAAAGGACAUCCAUCCAACUUGACAACUGUGGGAAGCAUUAAAGUCAACAUGGGACAGCAUCCUUGCAAAACACUUUCAACAACUUGUAGAUUCCAUUCAAUUAGAAAUAUGAGGCUGUUCUGAGGGCAAAAGCAGGGGCUGCAACUCAAUAUGUUCCUAAUGUUUUGUACACAGUGUAUUUAUUACAAAUCUUAUGAAAGAUCAGGUGUUAGUUCCUUGGUAAGUUCAUUGAUUCAGCACAGUGCAUUGUAUCCCAGUGCUAGAUCAAAUCUGAUUUUUGGAAAUUCUCUUUUUUUUUGCUCACAGAGCAUAUCUUCAUGAUCCAAUUAAAAUUGUAGAUUUCCUACACCACCUGCGACUUCCAAAGCAAUAGUCAAGUACAUUGUUUAAGUAUCGCCCCUGGGUCUGGAGGGCCGCAGGCACGUCAUAUUUUUGAUUUAACCAAGCCGGAAGACCAGGUGGGUUGAAUUAUAUCACUAAACUGAUCAAUUACCUCAGUUGAUCAGGUGUGGUGCCUAGUUGGAACAAAAUCCUUCAGUUCCAUCAGAAACAGGGUUGCCUACCCCUGUAUGACUGCAUUGCCAUAAGAGUAUAACAAACUAUUGAGAAAAAGCAACACAUUUUGUAAGUUCUGUGAAUGCUUUGCCUUUUGUUCUAUGACAUAUUACAUAAGAUUUUCCAAUACCGUGACAGACUGUUUAAGUCAUUUGAGACAGAGGUAUUAUUGUACAUAUGCAAUGACAAGGCAUAUACAGUGUACGCCCAUACUUAUCCCAGCACGUAUUGUAUGGGAACAAGCAAUGUGAAAGUGUGUUUCAUGAUGUGUAUCUUAUCUUUACAACCCAAAUGUAAAGACAUGUACUUAUAAAAAUCAAUCUGCACAAUAAAAUGGACAAACAAAAUCAGUAACAA